AUCCUCAAGGCAGAGUCCCAGAGACAUCCUAAAUCUCACACAGGCUGAGUUGUGCUUAAUCCAUUUCUGCAGACACAGCUCAUGUACAAAUGGGCCAAGCCGAAAAUCUGUAGCGAGGACCUUGAGGGGGCGGUGAAGCUGCCUGCCUCUGGUGUGAAGACCAGCUGCCCACCCUGCAACCCAGGCUUCUUCAAAACCAGCAACAGCACCUGCCAGCCCUGCCCAUACGGUUCCUACUCCAAUGGCUCAGAUUGUACCCACUGCCCUGCGGGGACUGAACCUGCUGUGGGAUUUGAAUACAAAUGGUGGAACACGCUGCCCACAAACAUGGAAACGACCGUUCUCAGUGGGAUCAACUUCGAGUACAAGGGCAUGACAGGCUGGGAGGUGGCUGGUGAUCACAUUUACACAGUUGCUGGAGCCUCAGACAAUGACUUCAUGAUUCUCACUCUGGUUGUGCCAGGAUUUAGACCUCCGCAGUCGGUGAUGGCAGACACAGAGAAUAAAGAGGUGGCCAGAAUCACAUUUGUCUUUGAGACCCUCUGUUCUGUGAACUGUGAGCUCUACUUCAUGGUG